UGUGUCGUGGCAAACGUUUCGCGCGCGGAGCGACUUAAGCGCAUCUUACUUAACUUCCCCGGGGUGUACUUCUUCAUUCGAAGCUAGUCGAAGCAAACUGAGAACGAGGAAGAAAGAUUCAGUGAAGCACCCGGCAACGUGUGUGAUGUGGUGUUCCUCGCGUGAGGAAAAGGACCGUUGAUGUAAUUUGGACGUAACUUGGACCGUUUGCUACCCGUGAGCAUGUACGUCGUCGCGUUUGCGUAUCGGUACACCUGGAAUCGCGAGAUCGUCUUCAACUCCCAAAAGCUGGUUAAGAGACGGCCGAAACUUGCCGCCUGAGGUGCUGUGCUGGGAUAUUUUCUGACCAACGGACAGGAUACCCUGGAUAUCUGGAGCGCAGCCGGAAAAAGGAUUGUGCUGUAAGGGCGAAUACCGCAGAAACCGGAAGCAGAAAGAGAGAGAGGAAGAACGUGUGCGAAAUUGUGCGUGUGAGAAGCGACCUCGAAUUUUGUUUUGGCACCACUGGCAGGGAUCUGAAACGACGACGAGAAGUGAAGUUAUAUCUGUGAUCUAAAAAUUGCUGUGUUUAGUAUUGUACCAUGGAAAUUUUGUUGUUCAGUUGAAUUAAUCAACGUUUAGAAAAGAAAAAAAGAAGCAAGCACACUCGAAAUAGCCAUUUGAACUUAUGUUUCCCCCCUCAACACAAACUCUCUCUAUUCGUCUAUUCGCCGUAACAAGUAAAAUUCUAUAAACAAUUUCCCCGUUACAAUUACAUCGCUACACGAGUGAAACCAUUCGCCUAAUGUCAGACCAAUCUAUCCUUAUCGUAAACUGAAAGUUUACAAACGCCAUAUUUACGCGAAAUCCCCAUAGUCGUAGUCCUUAAUAUAAGCACCUUAACGAAGAAAAAGAAGAACCCCGUCGACAAGAAGAAUCAAAGUAAAAACCAGAACUAAACUCCAGUACAAAAGCGAUUAAAAAAUCUGAGCCAAGAAGCCGUCAGAACAAACAACUUGGUGUGCGAAGAAACCCACUACGCAGCAGAAAAAAACGAGGUACAGAAAAUACUCCCAGCACUAGCGCAAAAAAAAGGCAAGUCGGCAGCGGACAGGCAAAAUGAAUGACUACGAUCAAUGGCUUGGACAAAAACUCAAGAUGCCCCAGCUGGCCGGCAGCUACGUCCAGUCAGCCGUCGUCCCUCUCAUCGCUCCCGAGAUUGGCCCCUUCCAGCCGCAGCCGGCCAAGGUGCAGAAUACCGAGGAGCUGCUGAUGGAGUUUGACUGCGUGUACGAGAACGUCGAGCUGACCCACCUGACCCCGCCCCAGACUCCACCGCAGGAGGUGAGCUUCGUCGGUGGCCAGGUCGAGCAGCAGCAGUCGGCGCCGGUGUUUCUUGCCGUCCAGCCGGAACAGCAACAGGUUCCGACCGUCAUCGAUGAGUACUACGGAUUUGGUGCCCCGUUGAACGGCCUGCUGGUCAACUCGAUUCAGACCAUUGUUCAGCAGGCGCAGCAAGUUCCUGGCGAGUUCCAGCUGGCCAACAGCUUCGGAUUCCAGCCGGUGGACGAGGAAAAUAUCGCUCGCAACUUGGAACUGGUCGAGGAGAUUGUCCGGUCCCGUUCCAAAGAUCUGCCCGACUGCAACGAAGACGACGAUUCGUGCUCCUACUCCGAGGCCGACAGCUCGUCUCCGCAAAGCGAUUCCAGCUCGUCGUCUUCGUACUGUGGUUCUGCGUACUCACGCGACCAGGAUGACGAAUGGAGUCCGACCAGCAGCAGCAGCGGAAACAGGAGGACCAGCAAAACUUCCGGCGGUGGCGUCAGCAAAAAGCGUACCCGACCCUACGGACGCGGCGUCGAGGACAAAAAGUCGCGCAAGAAGGAGCAGAACAAGAACGCUGCCACACGCUACCGUCAGAAGAAGAAGGCCGAGAUCGAAGAGAUCCUUAUUGAAGAAAACCAGCUUAGAGAUAUAAAUGAAGAACUAAAGAGCAAAUCCGCCGACAUCGGCCGCGAAAUUCGUUAUCUCAAGAGCCUGAUGCGCGAAGUUUACAAAGCAAAAGGAUUGAUUUAAUUCAUCAUUCAGAAAGAGUGCGUCACGAUACUUAGAGUACCUUCUUUUUUAUUUGAAAUUUCUACAUUUAUUUACUUGUUACACAUAUUGGUAAAUGCCUAGAUCUGUAAGUGACAACCGUAGUCGGUAAGGAUUUUCUCUUUGGAUUCUUCAUUCUACACACCAAUCGCUGUGUGUUUAGGAAUCUGACUAGUUUAUAAAACCCUAAUAACACAUUUUAUCUAGUACAUAAGACCAUCAAUGUUACAGUAAACACUUAACAUCUAGCGAAAGGAGCGUUCAACAUUGCAGAAAUCUGUAGUUAACAAUGAAUUGAUUCAAUCGCACACAUUUAUUAAUUCCAACAAAGAUGAUGAUGAUGAUUGCACUCUUUUAUAAUAAUAACAUCAAAUAUAAGAGCCACUGCAACUCUACGCGUCCCGCGAUUCGCCACACGAGAGAUCGACCGCACAUCUGGACCACUGUGUAUGACGUUCGCCUGACCGCGUGACCGAAGCUCUGCAGUUGCGUUCGCUGUCGGUCGGGCCCUCGGGUGAACCUGUGCUGUGGAAUGCAUAAUGGAAAAUAAACUUCAAAUUCGAUUCCGUCUCGUUUUUGUGACUGUGCGUAUGAUUUUCCCACCCGGAAAAUCAUCGCCCAGCUUUUUAGAAAACCACCAAAAUCUUCUUAAUGCCUUUGUGAACAACAAUUCCACACGAUCGGACUUUCUGUCGAAGGUGCUUCACUCUGACGCGCAAUGGAUUAAAACAGCACGGGGAAUCGAACACGAUUCGAACGGGCCUAGGGUUGCAAAGUAAAGAAGAAGAACAUUUAAAUUGGAUAAGAAAAUUGAACAUCAACAGCGUUACGAUCAACUAAACUUGCUAGAGUUAUAUCGUGUAACGAGACCAUGGAUUAAGGGAAGAAAUGUUUGAAUAGUGCAGGAAAUAGGACAACGAUCACUGUUGUUUGCGCGAUGGGACGCCAUUCGAACGUUUUUUAAAUCAAUUAUAUCUAUGAGUUUUGACGAUUAAUAAAGGGUUAAGAAGGA